CUUAUAAAAACCUGAGUGAUUCUAAGUUCUCAAUUUAACGUACAGUGAUGAGUUUUUUUGGAAGAUUUUUGUUAAAAAAAAUUUUGGAAAUUUUAUUUUUCCAUAUUUUAAUAAAGAAAGGGCGGCAAAUUGUUAUAUUACUACUUAAAUUCCAUAGUCGAGUUUCUGGAUUUCACAAACAGGUUUCACACAAUCCAAAGUUGCAGACGAUCGAUUACAGUAAAAAAAUGUUAAUAAAUAAAAAACCCUAAUUCAUUUCCUCGAUGUAUUCGCUGCUUUCUCUGUCCUUUUAUCCACACUCUCUCUCUCUCUCUCUUCUCUCUCCUCUCUCUCUCUCUCCCUCUCUCUCUCUCUCUGCAAUGGCAGCAGCUUCGGUCCUGCAUUUCUCCAUUUCGACAAGGCCCAAGUAUCUCAUAAAAUGGUGUGAUGUGGACAACAUAAGGAAUAAUUUGUCCAAUCCUCCUGGCCUUAUUUUUGGGAUGCAAAUGUGGAAAAUGACUUGUAAAGGUUCAAUAAGUUAUGGUCCAUCAAAGAAGACCAUGAUGCAUUUCAUUUCUUCAUGGAGACCAUUAUCUACAUUGUCUUUGGCUCCACAUUGCAUUUAUGAUAGAAACGUUUGCAGUUCCACAAUAGCUCAUGGGCUUACUAUGGUAAAAGAUGAUAGUCACAAACUGGAUUUCAACUGCAUCGAUAUGCUCAUCCAGAUUGUGCAUGGGUUUGCAGAAUCUUUCUUUCUUGCCAUAGGAAAGCAUGAGACUCUUAAUAAUGGUCCACAGCUUUCUAAAGCAUGGGUCGGCGUGGAUGUGAAUGCAUGGCAGAAGUGUGUCUCAUAUCAGGUAGCUGUUUACUCCUUGUUACAAGCAGUGAUAAAACUGGUCAUAGUUGAUGAUGGAAAUGGAGUUCCUGAUCCAGUUCAUGAAAUCCUUACCCCAAAAGUAAGAUUACUUGAGAAACACAUCGAGAAUGAAUUGAAAUUGAGGGACCCAUACUCCGUGAAUUGGUUGUAUUAUGAGCAGCUUCCAAGCUUGGUACAACCAUUAACACUCCUACUAAAAAGUUGGUUGAUGGAACUUACAAGCUCCCCUCUACUCAAUAAUGAUGAAAUGAGUUUAAGCACCAGCAACAAGAAACCCAAUGUGGUUGCAGUGAGUAUAUUGGCACUAAGCAGCAUUGUGGCAAUAGGGAAGCUGGGCUCAGGAAGAAUUUGCUGCCCCAUUCUUACCUCUUCUCUUCAAAUUGUUAUCGGCAGGCUCAUGGAUUUGUUGCAUAGCUUUGUUCUAUUGGAGAAUGUGCAUCAGCUGGCUUUUGAAGCUGGGGUAGAGCAAGAGUUUUUGGAACAUUUUGGUUCAAAGAUUCUAUAUUAUGAACCAAACAAAGAAGUAACAUUUCCAAACAAAGAAGUUAUAUUUUGGAUGGAAUUGGUCAGGACAAAAUUAAGUACAGCUUUCUUGAGAGAGAGUGUAAUCGCAAGCUUAGAAAGUUCCAGUAAAACCAAGGUCCUUGAUGGGGAUCUGGCUGCUCUUGGACUUUUCGCUUUGUUAGGAAGGAAGACUAGAUAUUUCUUGUCAUCUAGAGGCAUAAAGGACCUUGAUGAGCCUGUGAAGGAUUUCCUCAGCUGUAUGGAGUGUGGAAUCCUUUUUGUUUAUCCUGAGAUGUCUUCCUUGCCUCUCUAUCAGCUCUUCAUGGAGGUGGUAACUGAAGAAGUGGGUUGGCUCGACUUCUAUGGGGCCGUUCCUGGGGUAGUACAUCAGGAGAGGAAGAAGUCAAUUCAAGCCAAGAAAGAGAUAAUUCUUUCUACUGUUUUUAAUGUUUGCUCGGGUUGGUUCUCUAGCUAUGCCUACUACAGAAAAACUAUGCAACAGUCUCUGGACACCAAAGUAGCAAAUUUUUUCAUGCAAAGCCAGGAUCUACUGAGCACUUGCCUAGAUGAUUAUUGGGCUGCUUAUGACAGAACAUGCUACCAGCCCGAGUCUUCUGCUGUUUUUCCAGAGCUACUGUCAACUUCAAGAGAUGAGAUCUUAGAUUAUGAACCCAUGUCAGGCGAGGAGAAAGUAAGCCAACGAAUGGAGGUUCCAUUGAUGAAAGGACUCACUGCAUAUUCAUAUCCUCAAUGUAAAUCUCAAUUCAGCAAGUCUACCAUUUCAGAUGGCACGGAACCAGUGACUCUUGAGAGACUUGCCCGUGUUCAAAAAACUAUUCCGGUUCGUGAAAGCAUGAUGAGAAAAACUGGCAAAAAGAUGAUAUCUGCGAGCAUUGAUAUAUGGAUGGGGACUCGGCUACUCUUCGCAGAUGUAUCAGCUGCCUUCGCACUACUAAUACAGAAGAUUUGUGGUCGAGACCUUACUAAUAGGGACCGAAAGAAGUUGACGAGGACACUAAUCGAUAUUGCUACUGCAAUUCCAGUUACAAUUCUCAUGCUGCUUCCUGUAUCUGCUGUGGGCCAUGCUGCCAUCUUGGCUGCUAUCAAGAAAUACAUUCCUUCAUUGAUUCCUUCUCCAUACUCAUCAGAGCGGCUUGAUCUCGUAAAACAACUGAAGAGGAUACAGAAGAUGGGGGAUAAGCCCAAAGAUGGCACCAUGAUUACUGCUCGUAGUAACAAAGCAAAUGAAGGUUCCCCUCACCAAGACGUCCUUAAGCCACCAUGCACACUUACAAAGGGACAACCUAUCAAGUAGAGGGAUGGCAGACUAAGGAAAAUCUCAGAAAAUGCGCAAUUUGCAAGGGCAAUUGACAAGACAAAAACAAAUUGUACAAUGCGCAAGGGUUAUUGAUAAUAUUGGAGGCAUGGAAGGGUCCCAUAAGAGCAUGGAACAUGAGCACUGAUGUUGAGGAACAGUAUGGACCACGUGUUGUUUUGAAUUUCCAUUCACCACGUAAAAAUUUGGCUUGUUGGAUCCUAUUUUUAAUCCAGGGUAGGUUAAUUCCAACCUUUGGAUAUGGUGCUGAUGGGAUUUUGUUUUAUUUAUGGGUAAGUUUCUAGUGGAUUAGUGGCUUAUUGAGCCUCACCUCUCUUGUUUCUGUCUUUCUUGCAAGUGGCGCACCAUCUUGAA